AUGUUGACCAUAAGCCUCUUCAUUGCGCUGUUGUGCAGAUGCAACGACCCCGUGGUCAGCGAAGUCCCCCCGGGCCACGGAAUGGGCGUGCGAUACACCGAGCGUGGACUGGAGAAGUUCUGCCAGAAGGGAUAUAGCAUUGUUCCUGACAUUCUCGCCCAGUUGCCUCCCUUUGAAAUCGAAGGGAUUGCUCUCGGGGGGCUCAGGAUCUCACUGUCGAACGUGCGCGUCCGUGCGGUCCAGCUCGCGACCAUGAAAAUGUUUCUGCAGAGCAGCGGGCGGAUCAAAAUGGAGGGGCGCGACGGAUUCAUGCAGCUGUCCAUGCGCAUUGGGGCUACCCUCGGCACCCUGUCCGGCGCUGCAGACGCUAUCUUCUCGCUCCACGGCUUCGGCGCUGACCUCUCUGCGAGGAUCGGAGAAGACUUCGAUUGUCCAUUUCACUUCGGGCUGUUUGAAUUCGCCAAUCAGGUCUAUAUAAGCAAGUUAGACGUGGAUGCCGUCGGCCUGGACACAAUAGGAAGCGUCGUUGCCAUGACGCUCCAGACAAUGGCUCCCUCGUUAGAGUCGCUGCUCCGAACAACCAUCCUCCAAUCGAUGCUGGACACCAUCUUACAUUCUAUCCAAAACAUAAUGCUUGGAGUACCCACGAUGUCUCGCAAAGGCGAGUAUCGGACAGAUCAGCGGUACGUCAGCGGAAUCAACAUACUCGGCGGGAAGGUUGUGGCAGACCUCGAUGGGUACUCGUACAUCUGCUACCCCGGCACCGACACCCCAGCGUCUGAGCGUUACCCCGUCGACAUAUCCUCUCCCUUGCCCAAAGCAGUCUACUCGGACAGAGACUACGAAAUCUACUUCGACCGGGAGGCGACAAACUCGUAUCUGCACGCGUGGCAGAGCCUCCGCAGCAGCUACGACCUGUCUGCCCCGAGUAUUGAGUACAGGGAUCUGAGGAAGGUAGACAUCCCAGGUCUUACAAAGGCCCUUGUGGAGGCGGGGCUUCUGGCCUCAGAGGACGACGCCGGGAGCGAUGUCAAACUGGGCCUUUCUGUCCGGUUGGCCAAGGCUCCGCACGUUCCGUGGCUCGGGGCGGCCGGGUUCCCUGUCUACUUCGACGGCAUUUUUUACAUUACCGCCCAGAAGGAUGUCGAAAUCAGGUCCCUUGCAAAGAUUGAGGGUGUUGCGGUCAUAUUGGGCACGCUCAAUCUGAGCUCGUACAACGCCGGCUUCAAUAGUGACAGGGCGUACGGGUACGUCGUCCUGAAGGGCCUCGUCGAGCUGACCACGGCCAAGGUAGAAAGUAGCUGCCCGGAGCUGGACUCCAACGCGCUCGCCAGGUACAUGAUCUCUGUGGGGUACAUCCCGGAGGCAAAUAGGGUCCUCAGCGACCCCGGCAUCAUACUAAUCAACGGGAACUUUGUUAAUUACACGACAGCCGUAGCUGUCUACCUUCCCACCGAGGACCGCAUUCUCUUUAUGGCUGACAUAGCGGGUAAUCCGUACUUUUCCUGA